AACUGGUGGCGUUCACUGAGCAGCACCACGGCUUUUAUAAACGGAACUGGUUGAAGAACCAGUGUAAAAACUCAGAUAAAUAAGUGCUGGGUGUUGUUAGACAGGACCGGCUAGAGCUACACCUCUGUGGAGGAGGCGUGACCCUCACAGCGAGCAGCGUGACCGCUGGUGGAUGUGGGAAUCAGUGUUUCAGCGACGACACGAGGAGGUGAAUACACCCCCCCUCACCCAGCCGAGCGGUGUGGUCGGAUUAGUUCCACGGAUAAGAGGAGCUUUGGGACGGGCUGAGUGUGUAGAGCAGGGCUGCUGUCUGCUGGAGCUGGAGUGCGUGUGACAUUGAGCGCGAGCGGGACUCACUGUAGCACACGCGCUCUGAACAUGACUCUGCAGGCUGAGUUAGCUGUCAGGCUAACAUGAGGUCUGUCUGCGCUGCGCGUGUCUCCGGCACGGCUCUGUGAAUUAGGUGAACGGUCACGGCGGGACCACUGCGCUGGAUGUCCCGUUUUUACCCUGCAGGAUACAUAUUUUAAAUUUUUUACUUCAAGGUUGAGCAAAUACGGAAAGUGCAAUGUCUCUUGUUUUCCCCCGACCCAACACCAGUGCGAUCGGCAAAAAGGACAAGCGACACAUGGCUGAGGUGAAUGCCUCUCCACUCAAGCACUUUGUCACCGCCAAGAAGAAAAUCAACGGCAUCUUUGAGCAGCUUGGCGCGUAUAUCAAAGAAAGCUCGGCCUUUCUGGAAGAGACAUACAGCAAUGAGGAACUGGAUCCAGUCACGACAGAGGAGCAGGUGGCAGAGGUGCGGGGUUACCUGUCCAAGGUAGCAGGGAUUGGUGAAGUCUUGUCCCGCAGACACAUGAAAGUGGUCUUUUUUGGCAGGACUAGCAAUGGCAAAAGCUCUGUCAUCAACGCCAUGCUGUGGGACAAAGUCUUACCAUCAGGUAUUGGACACACCACAAACUGCUUCCUGCGAGUAGAAGGAACUGAUGGCAAUGAGGCCUUCCUGCUUACAGAAGGUUCAGAGGAAAGAAAGAACGUUAAGACGGUGAACCAACUGGCCCAUGCUCUACAUCAAGAUGAGGACCUGGAUGCAGGCAGCCUGGUGUGUGUCAUGUGGCCUAAAGCGAAGUGUGCUCUGCUGCGUGACGACUUAGUACUGGUGGACAGCCCUGGCAUUGAUGUCACCACAGAAUUGGAUAGCUGGAUUGACAAGUUUUGCCUGGAUGCUGACGUUUUCGUGCUGGUGGCCAAUUCAGAGUCUACUUUGAUGCAAACAGAGAAAUCCUUCUUUCAUAAAGUGAACGAGCGUCUCUCAAGCCCCAACAUUUUCAUCCUGAAUAACCGCUGGGAUGCUUCAGCCAGUGAGCCUGAGUACAUGGAGGAGGUCAGGCGGCAGCACAUGGACCGCUGCAGCAGUUUCCUGGUGGAUGAGCUGGGGGUGGUGGACAGAGCACAGGCCAGUGAUCGCAUCUUCUUCGUCUCUGCUAAAGAGGUCCUGCAGGCACGUGUUCAGAAGGCCCAAGGAAUGCCUGAAGCAGGUGGUGCCCUGGCUGAAGGCUUUCAAGCCAGAAUGUUUGAGUUUCAGAAUUUUGAGAGGCGUUUUGAGGAGUGUAUAUCUCAAUCAGCAGUGAAGACAAAGUUUGAGCAGCACACUGUUAGGGCCAAGCAGAUUUCAGAAGCACUUCGACUGAUUAUGGAUUCUGUGCACGUGGCUGCCCAAGAGCAAAGGAUACACUGCAUGGAGACAAAGGAGGAACGGGAGGACAGGCUGGACUUCAUUGAUAAGCAGCUGGACCUACUCACCCUGGACUGUAAGAGCAAGAUCAGAAAGAUCACUGAGGAGGUGGAGAAACAGGUGUCAAACGCAAUGGCUGAAGAGAUAAGGAGGCUUCAUGUGCUGGUGGACGAGUUCCACCUUGAUUUCCAUCCCUCACAAGUGGUUCUGAAGGUGUACAAGAAUGAGCUGCACAGGCACAUAGAGGAGGGUCUGGGAAGGAACAUGUCUGAGAGGUGUUCCAAUGCAAUCACAAGUGCUCUUCAGAACACACAGACAGAAAUGAUAGAUGGUUUGAAGCCCUUGCUUCCCCUUUCUGUGAGAGAACAAGUGGAUAAGAUGGUGCCCAGACAGUGCUUCAGUCUCAGCUAUGACCUUAACUGUGACAAGCUGUGCAGCGACUUCCAGGAAGACAUCAACUUCCACUUCUCACUUGGCUGGACCAUGCUGGUCAACCGAUUCCUCGGACCCAAGAAUACCCGCCGUGCCCUCAUGGGUUACAACGACCAGGUCCCCAGGCCCAUGGCCAUCACCCCAGUCAGCACUUCCAUGCCCCCUUUCCAGCAGGGUUCUAUGACUCAAGAAGAGCUUAUGGUCUCAAUGGUGACAGGGCUUGCCUCUCUCACCUCACGGACAUCCAUGGGCAUCAUAGUCGUCGGAGGCGUGAUCUGGAAAGCAGUGGGCUGGAGGCUGAUUGCUUUGUCUGUGGGGCUCUAUGGGCUGCUGUAUGUGUAUGAGAGGCUCACGUGGACCACCAGGGCUAAAGAGCGAGCCUUCAAGAGACAGUUUGUGGACUACGCCAGCGAAAAGCUUCAGCUCAUUGUCAGCUACACUGGCUCCAACUGCAGCCACCAAGUCCAGCAGGAGCUGUCAGGCACCUUUGCCCAACUGUGUCAGCAGGUGGAUGUGACACGGCAGCAGCUGGAGGAUGAGAUUCAGGACAUGAACCGCAAGAUUGAACAAUUAGACACACUACAGAGCAAAGCCAAGCUGCUCAGGAAUAAAGCCGGCUGGCUGGACAGUGAGCUGAACAUGUUCACCCAACAGUACCUUCAGCAGGGUCGAUAAAGGUUUAGCGUUUAAAUUGCCGAACAAACAAGACCAAGACCAACAAUAAAAGUGCAAACUAAUACAUGCAGCAUAAGUUAUUCUACUGUUCAUAUACAAGUUAUGUAUGUAUAACACCUUUUAGACAUAAUUUUAUAGGAGGGGGCGUUACUCGAUUAUACCAAAUCAAAAAUCGUUAUGCCAUCCGUUUUCUAAAGUGACUGCUUUCGUUCUUCUUCUUUUUUUUUUUUUUUUUUUGGCAUUUUAUGGCAUGGAAAUGGCCUUUAAGAUGACAAUGUUGGCAAACUGUAACGCAAUGAAGAAAGGCGACCUAAUAGGUCAUUUAGUUGGUUUUCUUUUUGUAAAGAGAUGCUCACUUUUUUUGUGUCAUUAAUUAUUUAUUAUUUUGACUUCAUGUGAAGUUGUCACUGUUGUUUUCAUCUUUUGAAUUGUAAUCGUAGGUGGCAACUGUUGGAUUCAGUGAUAUUCCCUGCUUGCUAGAAUAGGUAGAUGAGAGGCGGUCUGUGUGAAUGCGUCUUUACUUUAUAUCCGACUGGCCACUGUGAGUGAGACCGAAUGGUGGAUCUCUGGCCUGAUGAAAUUUGCAUUAUCAAUACUUGCAGAUGUGGCCAUGACCCAGAUAUGUGUGGGAAACUGUAAUGCUACACACAUGGUAAAUGCACUUCAAUUUAAGAAUUUAAGCUUCUUUGUCCAUGUCAUGUGUGGAACAAGCUAAGGCAUUUGCAUCUGCAUGGAUGUGCAAGGUGCAGCAUUUAUUUAUUAUCACCUAUGUGGGCUGUGUCUCCCUAUACUUGACAUUGAUUGAUUGAUUUGAGGGCUGGUGAAAAGCAGCAUGUAAUCAAUUUGGCAAGUUGUCUUUCUGAGUUUUGCCUUCCUGCCAUAAUCCAACUCCCUGCAAGUGUAGGUGCUUCAUGCAACACAAUAAGUGUAGCAGAUUAGCGUUAUAAUCCUUUCAAUUAUGUCCUUACAUAAGGAUUAAUCUACAGUUACAGUAGAUACAGGAAUUGUUGCAUCCAUACUGCUGUGUGACACCAAUUUCUUUAGUCUGUAAUUGGUCCAAUAGUCAGAAUCACUUGACAGUAAGUGACAGUAAGUCACAGUGCAUGAAAUUUAGUUAUUCCUCAGUACGAAGGAUGAAUCUGUCUAAGCAUAUAAAAAUACUUUAACUACACAAACAAACAAGUGCUUUAUUUACCCUGAGCUUAGACUUGUACAGCAGAGAAAAGAAAUGAAGAGAGCAGAGACGAUUGCACUGAAAAUAUAGACCUUGCUGCCACCCUUUGAGGACUGAUGAUACAGCAAAGCCCUUCUAACGAUGUUCACGCAUUAAUGUUUACAAAGAAGAACUAAUUUAAUCUUAUUUAAAGGGAAUAAAAUGAAAUCUGCCAUGAAAUGGUGCCUCCAGAAUUUCUUUUGUAAUACUUCAGCACCAUAUUUGGCUUAACUCUAUUAUUUGCUAUUCAAAUAUAUUAGAACACUAAGAGUAGAAGGUCUAUACAAAGAGCACUUGGCAUCUAGAUGUAGUGACCCAGUAUGUGUAUAAACCACCACUUAUUAUUCCCUCCUCUGUCCCGGUCAUGUGUAAUAGCUUGUUGAGUUUGGACUCUGGUUUGUGCCAAGUGUUUAAGGAAGCAAUCUGAAGAGCUCUUCACUGAUUGUGCACUUUAUAUUUGCUGUUUUUUUUUCUCGCUCUGUCUAAAAUGUAAAUUCAGUUUUGUAUCUUUUGCCUUGUGGUCAGCAGGUAAGCAGAGAAAAAUGAUAAACUUGGUUGACCCACAGAUUCUGUGUCAGUAGUCAUGUAGAGAUAUGUGUGCAUGCAGUGAUGGUUGUAAUGAAAUGUCUUGUAACCUGCAAAUGUUGAAGAUGAAAUAAAAAAGUAUAGUUAAUUGUGAA